GCCGCUCCUUCUGCCGCCGCUAAAUGGCAAAAUAAUAUGUGCUUUGGUUGCUGUACUGAAGGUGUAUAGCAGUAGUAGUAGCAGUGGUGGUAGACGAAGAAGAAAGGAGCAGGACGUCUUUAUCGUCGUGCUAGUCUGUCGGAAAUUGAGUCCAUGCAGAAUAGCAGACGAACGACGAAGAAGGAAGAGACGGAGAGUCGGAGAGAGAGAGGACUGGAGAAGGAAGAAAAAGGGUCUGGAAAGGCGGCGGCUGCUCUGCAUUGCACUGCACUUCACUUCACUCGUUAUCUCGUGUACACUGUACGAACUCAGUUCACUGCAGUCGUCGUCUGGUCAGAUCUGAUCUGCUCUGCUCUGCCCAGACACACAGACAGAUCCAUAGCGGGAAGCGAUGUAGUAGAGAUCAUAGUAAUCAUGACGAGGAGUCAUUCGCUGCGACUGUCACAGCUCUCGACAUGUCUGACGAAGAGAGAUAAAUAGUACGGUGGCACGAAAACAGAAACAAGGAGAGCAGAGACGGAGGGAAAUCCGAGAUUAGGAUGCGUCAGAUGCACAGCUAAUGAGCGAGUGAGGAGAGGGGAAGGCAGCGACAGCAGAGUAGGAAGAGCAGCAGCGGCGGCAGCAGGAAGUGGACGGAGGGACUCGUAUGGGACAGACGCCUCCCUCUCCCUGCAUCAGCUGCUUUGCAUGCUCGUUCAGUGUCGUUUGUCGGAGCUCACGGGAGAGAAAGAGUCUGGGACCCUUCUUCUUCUGCUGCUCUGGACCGAACUCGUCCUGUCUUGACUUGACUAGGCCGGACGUGUACACUGCUCACCACCGACGACUCCACGAGAAUAAAUAUGCUGCGGAAGACGGCCUGCUGCUGCAACAACUACCUGCCGUGGAUGGCUCCGUUUCCAGCUCCAACAUCAGCUGCAGUAUCGAGCUCGUGCUUAUGAUUCUGUAACCAGAGAAGCUCGCAGUUCAGCCGUCGCUCGCAGAGAGACAAGACUCUCUGCGCUACACUCUGAAGAAAGGAAGAGAAAGACCAGCACUCUUGAGUCGGGGCUGUCUAUUCAACAUUCUGCACAGCUCAAGCUCGAGGACGAUAUGCGCUAAGCAAAUUCUGCUGCGUUCUGAAGACCAGAGAAAGUAGACAGUGCGAGGAAGAAGUGUGCUGAAGAGACAUUGAGGGAGAGGGAAAAAAAAUUGAGUGUUGUUAGGGGUGUCGAAAUUGGCUGCAUGAGUGCUGUGUUGAAUAUGUGUAUUAGCAGGGACUUGUAGAGGGUAGAGCUUGUAUUUGCUUGUUAGACAGGUGCAGAGGUUAGCAGCAGGAGUUUCAUUGUGAAGGAAGGCCGUGGAGAGUGGAGAAAUUGCAAUGUUGUGUCCUGUGUGCGGUCGAUACCCGGAUAAGGACGGGGACUACAUUGAGCAGCAGGGGGGAGACCGAGCCAAGCACAAGUACUGCAAGCAAUGUCGCGUGAAGCAUGUGGAAUUUUUGCUGGAAGAGGGUUUGGAUAAAGAGAGUUUUCUCACCACCUGGAGCUCCGUGAACAACGGCCUUUUUUCGGACGUGAAGCUGGUUGCCAAGCAUGGCCAAGCAGUCCCCUCGCACAAAGCCGUCCUGGCUGGAAGAUCACAGGUGUUCCAGGCCUUGUUCGCUCUGGGAGACCAGGACGACGAGAAACACAAGACCAGCAUAAUCUUGAACUUCCCGGACAUGAGCUACGAAGCAUUGCUGGGAUUUGUGCAGUUUUUCUACUCAGGCACUGUGCAACACGAGGUGAUGAAAAAGCAUGCGCCGCCCCUUCUCUGUGCAGCCAUAAAGUUCGAGGUGAAGUAUCUACAGGGCCUGUGCGAGAAGUACGUGAAAGACAGAGCCACAUGGAACAGGAAGAACCUCAUCUGGGCCUUCCAAGUGGCCAAGGAGGCAGGAUCCACAACGCUGCUUUCUUUCUGCGAGAGCCAUGCCAAGAGCAAGCUCAUCGUCAGGAACUUGGACUGGGCUUUGGAGGUCGCCUACAAGUCCGGCUCCAAGGCUCUGAUGGAGGCGGCUCUGAAAAUUGUCUUGCCCAAAAUCCACCAGCUGCUCACAUUUGACGACUCGAGGAAGGAUGAGUCGGAGCUGCAGCUGACCGAUGCGUCCCAGCUUCUCAAGAUCUAUCAAACGGCCGCUAUCAAAUCCUUGCCUCGAUCGAAAAGCUCCAGAGGCUCCAAGUCUCCUUACAAGCCUGGCCAUGGUAAGGAGUACGAUGAAGAGGACACAACGCACAUAAUCUGGCCAGAAAGUAGCAGUUCACGAGACGUCCAAGACUUCUGUUCUGACCCCGAGGACGAUCAAUUCGCUAGUUUAUCUGGUGAUGAAUCUGGGUGAGGGAGGGGAGUAAGGAUGGGAAUGACAUGAUCAUGGGAGCUCUUGACAGCCAGUCUGGGUGGAUGUCGUUCACCGUCGAAGUUGACUGGGCGGGAGCUCUAAGUGUGUACAGGUAGGAGUAGUCUGGUAGCUGAGCAAGAGUCUACAGCGAGUUGGUUGGUCAGAGCUUUUCAACACAUUGAAAUUGGUUGUAAAUUUUUCAGUUCAAAAUUUCUUUCUCACGCCGACAUUCGCCGUGUAUAUGCUUCGCUCAAUUUCUGUCCACAAUCGAAGACAGAUCUGUACCGGGAAAUCUUUUAAAUUCGCUCUUGCUCACUACAGAUUGGACAGAUUGGAUAUUCUUCUACAAGUAGUGUCGUUUGAGAUGGCGGCCGGUGGACACAUGAUGGCCUGCAUCUGUCCCCGAUGACAUGAACGAAUCUAUCACAGGUUACAAUGUUCACGUGCAUGUCUAAAUCUGCACGAGCUAGCAACCAUGGAUACUUAAAGGAUAACAUGUCAGUACCUACCGUUACACAUCUUGCGAUAACGGGGCGAUUGAUUGCGACUUUCAGUACUUCUCCCUUGCUGGAAAUGAAAUAUUUUAUACG